AUGGAUUCUGUCGCAUCUCACACCGCCGACGAGGCCGUUCGGGUCUCCGCGAAGCGCACCGCCGAUCUUUUCGGUACAGAUUACUUGAUGGUCACACCAACGACACUGACAGACGAUUCAAUCGGCAUUUCUUACCGGCGGAGAGCUGAAUACGAUGAUGUGAAAGAAUUGCCCCGCGCACUCGCUGAAAUCCAAGCCAAAGCCGCCGCCGGACGCUCGAAACGACCCAAGAUCCAACCGCAGGCACAGCAGACAUCCGGUGAUGGGAGCGGUGCGUCGAUGUCACUUGUAAAGAGAACACCAGGUGCCGGUGCUGGCGCAGCAGGUGGCGAGGACCAGCCCAAGAGCCUGAUCCAGAGGCCGUCAGCGACGAAGCAGCAGCGACCAGACUGGCAUGCGCCGUGGAAGCUCAUGCGUGUUAUCUCGGGCCACUUGGGCUGGGUGCGCGCUCUUGCUGUUGAACCUAAUAACCAGUGGUUUGCUAGUGGUGCCGGAGACCGGACGAUCAAGAUCUGGGACUUGGCGACUGGUAACCUGCGCCUCACGCUGACUGGUCACAUUUCUACUGUUCGUGGGUUGGCGGUGUCGCCGCGGCAUCCGUACCUUUUCUCGUGCGGUGAGGAUAAGAUGGUCAAGUGCUGGGAUUUGGAAACCAACAAGGUCAUUCGUCACUACCACGGUCAUCUGAGUGGUGUGUACACGCUGGCUCUGCACCCUCGUCUCGAUUUGCUGGUUACUGGUGGUCGCGAUGGUGUGUGCCGAGUAUGGGAUAUGCGUACACGAAGCAAUGUUCACGUUCUCGCUGGUCACAAGGGCACUGUUGCCGAUAUUAAGUGUCAAGAAGCUGAUCCCCAAGUCAUUUCCGGUUCGCUCGACGCUACGGUUCGACUGUGGGAUUUGGCUGCGGGUAAAUCCAUGGGAGUCCUGACACACCACAAGAAGGGUGUUCGUGCUCUUGCCACCCACCCAAGCGAGUUCACUUUUGCCAGUGCCAGUACUGGCAGCAUCAAGCAGUGGAAGUGCCCCGAGGGUGCCUUCAUGCAAAACUUUGAGGGACAGAACGCCGUCAUCAACUCUUUGGCUGUCAACGACGAGAAUGUCAUGUUCUCAGGAGGUGACAAUGGUUCCAUGUCCUUUUGGGAUUGGAAGACUGGUCACCGCUUCCAAUCAAUUGAGACCACUGCGCAGCCCGGUUCGUUGGAGGCCGAGGCGGGUAUCAUGGCCUCGACCUUCGAUAAAACAGGCUUGCGUCUCAUUACUGGCGAGGCUGAUAAGACUAUCAAGGUCUGGAAGCCUGAUGAGAAUGCUACACCCGAGUCUCACCCCGUUACCUGGGCUCCCAGCUUGGGUAGAACGCGGUACUAG